AGCUAGUAUUCAAAAAAAGCCACGGACGAGAUGUUAAGCAAGUUCUUUCCCCAUAUUAGUAAAAAGCCAUUGAGUGAGAGGGUUAAGUCCCGAGAUGCCUUCAUUUACUUGGAUCGGGUGAUGUGGUCCUUUGGCUGGACAGAGCCUGAAAACAAAAGGUGGGUCCUUCCUUACAAGCUGUGGUUCGCGUUCGUGAACAUAGUAAUGCUCAUCCUUCUGCCGAUCUCGAUGAGCAUCGAGUACCUCCACCGGUUCAAGACCUUCUCGGCGGGGGAGUUCCUUAGUUCCCUCGAGAUUGGAGUUAACAUAUACGGAAGCUCCUUUAAGUGCGCCUUCACCAUGAUAGGAUUCAAGAAAAGACAGGAAGCUAAGGUUUUGCUGGAUCAGCUGGACAAGAGGUGCGUUCGUGAUGAGGAGAGGUCCACUGUCCAUCGCUAUGUCGCCAUGGGAAACUUUUUCGAUAUUUUGUAUCACAUAUUUUACUCCAGCUUUGUGGUCAUGAACUUCCCGUAUUUUUUGCUUGAGAGACGCCAUGCUUGGCGCAUGUACUUUCCAUAUAUCGAUCCCGAAAAACAGUUUUUCAUCUCCAGCAUAGCCGAGUGUUUUCUGAUGACGGAGGCCAUCUACAUGGAUCUCUGUACGGAUGUGUGUCCCCUGAUCUCCAUGCUCAUGGCUCGGUGCCACAUUAGCCUCCUGAAACAGCGACUGAGAAAUCUCCGAUCAGAGCCAGGAAGGACCGAAGAUGAGUACUUGGAGGAGCUGACGGAGUGCAUUCGGGAUCAUCGAUUGAUAUUGGACUAUGUUGACGCAUUGCGACCCGUCUUUUCGGGAACCAUUUUUGUGCAAUUCCUCUUGAUCGGUACUGUACUGGGUCUCUCAAUGAUAAACCUAAUGUUCUUCUCAACAUUUUGGACUGGUGUCGCCACUUGCCUUUUUAUGUUCGACGUGUCCAUGGAGACGUUCCCCUUUUGCUAUUUGUGCAACAUGAUUAUCGAUGACUGCCAAGAGAUGGCGGACUCUCUUUUUCAAUCGGACUGGACCUCUGCCGACCGUCGCUACAAAUCCACUUUGGUAUACUUUCUUCACAAUCUUCAGCAGCCCAUUACUCUCACGGCUGGUGGGGUGUUUCCUAUUUGCAUGCAAACCAAUCUGGCUAUGGUGAAGCUGGCAUUUUCUGUGGUCACGAUAAUUAAACAAUUUAACUUGGCCGAAAGGUUUCAAUAAGUUGAAAGGGAGGAGAUCUGCUGUUAAAAACAUAAGAGUAUUAUAUUUGUUGUACCCUAAUAAAUAUUUAGUAAUAUCACUGUUUCUCACAAUAA